UCUAGGACAUGGACAUAUCAUAUAGCUGCCGCCAUUCCUGACAUCCACCACACACAAGAGGCGGCUUCUAGUGAUGACAUUUAUGGAUGUUACUAACAGCCGGGGACAUUUUCUCUCCACAGUCACAAUCUACAGAUUUUAUACUAACGCUCUGUGGACGCCUCACCCACAUCUCAUCUUCUUAUUCUUACAGAUUGGCUGAUAAUUAUCUACCAGACACUUCCUGCAUCCAGUUGGCAUCUGUAAUAAGGAAUAACUGGUCCCUGAAGAGACUUGACCUGUCUGGUAACUGUCUGUAUGGUCCUCACUUCAGUGACUUGAUGGAGGCUCUGUCCAGUCCGGCCUGCAGGAUAGAGACAUUACAAUUGGGUUAUAAUGAACUACCAGACACUUCCUGCAUCCAGUUGGCAUCUGUAAUAAGGAAUAACCCGUCCCUGAAGAUACUUGACCUGUCUUAUAACUGUCUGUCUGGUCCUCACUUCAGUGACUUGAUGGAGGCUCUGUCCAGUCCGGCCUGCAGGAUAGAGACAUUAUGUUUGGUUGGUAAUAAUCUACCAGACACUUCCUGCAUCCAGUUGGCAUCUGUAAUAAGGAAUAACCCGUCCCUGAAGAUACUUGACCUGUCUGGUAACAGUCUGUCUGGUCCUCACUUCAGUGACUUGAUGAAGACUCUGUCCAGUCCGACCUGCAGGAUAGAGGAAUUACUAUUGGCUGAUAAUGAUCUACCAGACACUUCCUGCAUCCAGUUGGCAUCUGAAAUAAGGAAUAACCCGUCCCUGAAGAUACUUGACCUGUCUGGUAACAGUCUGUCUGGUCCUCACUUUAGUGACUUGAUGGAGGCUCUGUCCAGUCCGGCCUGCAGGAUAGAGACAUUAAAUUUGGGUGGUAAUGAUCUACCAGAUACUUCCUGCAUCCAGUUGGCAUCUGGAAUAAGGAAUAACCAGUCCCUGAAGAUACUUGACCUGUCGCAUAACCAUCUGUCUGGUCCUCACUUCAGUCACUUGAUGGAGGCUCUGUCCAGUCCGGCCUGCAGGAUAGAAAUAUUACAUCUGUCGUGCAUUGGAUUAUCUGAAGAUGAGGAGAAGGAAGCCAUAAGAAAACUGGAAAAGCAGAAACCAAAUAUGAAGAUCAUUUAGUGAACAGAGAAGAAACCGGAUUCCUCUCAGUGAUGAGCAGAUAACAGGACUUUGGUGGUGAAGACGUCUUCAGAGGUCUGGUAUUAAGAACGUCUCCUGGUGCAUUAUGGGUGAUAUCACUGAUCUACUGAAGAUAAGGAAAUGUCUAAUAUUAUAAUAAAGAUGAUACCAGAAAUGUUCUUCUCCAGCUAAUUAUAUGUC